AUGGCAUCAACCACGACUGACGAUUCGACCGCAGCAUCAUCAAGCUUUGAAAAGCGUCUUACACUCGUGAAUGGUACUCAAGAAAGUGUGCAAACUCUAUCCUUAUGGAUUCUAUAUCAUCGCUCUCAACAUGAACAUUUGAUCAAGACGUGGUUCAAAGUUUUGAAGAAAUCCAAACCAUUACAUCGAUUAACAUUGUUCUAUGUUGCGAAUGAUGUUGUUCAAAAUGCGAAAAGACACAAUGCAUUGGUUUAUCAUCAGGCAUUUAAACCGUAUUUAGGUUCCGCGAUGGCUUAUGUGAAAGAAAAUGCGAUUAAAAAGAAAAUUCAACGAAUUUUAGAGAUUUGGCGCGAUCGGGGGGUUUACGAUGAAGAUUUUAUCAAUGAACUUUUGAAGAAACUUCUUGGAACAGAAGUUUACGAAAAAGACAAAGAAGUAACGCGAGUUAUUGCUGAAUUUCAACCGAAAGUUUUAUGUGAAUCAUUGAUUCGUUUCAAACAACUCGAAGGUGAAACACUUGUAAAAGAACAGCUAAUUACUAAUGAUUUGAAGCUGAUCGACAGCAUGUCGAUUGAGAGUGUUCGAAAGUUAAAAGAUAAAACAACGACAGAUGCAUUUCAUGGAGAAUAUGAAAAUAGUCGAGAGAAGUUUCAAGAUUAUAUUCAAUACUACGAACGACUUUUGAAGGAACGAAAAUCGUUGAAACAGUUCUGCGAACAAGCGGAGAUUUUUUAUGAUGCGCAGUAUCAAGAUGCGAACAUUGUUGUUGAAGCGUACAAGAAUUUCGGUGACAAAGUAGCGACGUUGAAGAAAAAGUUGGAUAGUUUAAUUCGAGAUCUACCAGACACAGUAACAUCGCCUUCCGGGGAUAAUAUCCCAUCACCUGGUAAUACUCCACCGGAUUAUCGGCAAACUGAUAUGGAUUUAUCUGACAAUGAAGAUAAUAGUUCUAAGUCUCCAUCCGAUCGACCAUCUAUUGUUCGGACGACACGUGUAGACCCUCGUCAUCACCGAAAGCAUACUUCUCAUCGUCAUCAAUCUUCCCAACAACAAUUCGAUGAUGCAGACGAAAGAUCGCAUAAAUCCAAUUCAAUUUCCUCUCCGAUAAUCAACGGAGAAAGCAAAUCGACAUCACAGCCGACCCCAAUGAUUGAUGUGAAUCUAAUUACCGAUUUACUUAUUCAACAUUCACAAUCAACUGGUUUCGAAAAAAGUCUAGAAAUGCUUACCCAAACUCUCCGACAACUUACCGAUUCAAAUCCUGCUGCACUUCCGACACCAACAUCAACAGCUACAUCUUCUCAACUAAUUCAGUCGAAUCCAUUCGAAAAUCUUCUUAUGAAACGUUUACAACCAACUGUUCCCCAGCCUGUUCUGGCUUCGCCUGUUGUUCCACAAAUUUGGUUCAACCCAAACACACCUCAAGCAACCUAUCCUACAGCAGCAGUUCCACCGUUCUUUCCUCCAUCCAAUCCGUCAAUGGAUUUUCACUCUCAGCAACAAUAUCCAAAUCAGCGAAAUUAA